CGCAGAAGCGCUCUGCCGCCUUCUGUGUGCGUUUGAAAAUUGUGGCUGAAACAUCGCGGAUUAAAUUCUGAUUAUUUUGGUGGGCGGUCUGGUGGGCGUUAUUUUGGUGGGUGGUCGGUAAAGCAGUUAGAGAAAGUCGUCGAGGGUCGUUUUGCUGUAAAAGCCACUUUAAAGCCACUUUAAUCGGAGAUGGGCGGAGAGCUGAAAAGUAAACAAGGCAGAACUAAACGGAGAUCCGGCGAGGAGGCCGAGAGGACGCCGGGAGGAGGCCGGGAGGAGGCCGAGAGCUCCGCGGGGAAAAAGCGAAAAACCGAGAAAACCGAGGCGCAGAAAGAGAAACAGAAAAGAGACGCUUCCAGCCUUAAAGGUGCAUCCAGGUCGAGUGGAAGCAUAAAAGAAGUGAAGGGAAAAGCUGGUGGGAAGAAAAACGAGACCACCGAGGAGAACAACAGGGAACAUUCUAGUGGGUCCAAAAGUGCCUCGGAAGUGAAAAGAAACAAAAAAGGACAGCUUGUUUUUGAAGAUCACCCAGAGUUCCAGCCAAAUAUGAGCCCAAAGGAGGUUCUGCAGGCAGGCAGUUUUGGUGGAACCUACUUCAGACCCAUCUACUCCAGCAUUACCAAGCAGCACUAUAAGGACCUGUGGAAGGAACUUCCUCAAGACUGGCUCCAAGGACUCAACGUCCCCAAACAAGUGUCAUCAGCGACGUACAAUGAAGAAGUGAACACGUAUAAAGUGAAGUGUGGGGGCAGUUUGGAGAUGUGGGAGAGCAGCGGGUGGAUAAAGCCUCAGGACCCCUACGGCUGGUUCCAGUGGUACUGCAGGUUUUAUGAAGGUCGUCGUACGGAAGACGACGUGCGGCAGAUCAGCCGAUGGGCCAACUGUGCCGGUGUCAAAGGUCGUUGGCGAAAUAACCUCAUUACCAAGGUGGUGCGGUCUGGCCAAAGGUUUGAUGACCGCAGUGUGUCGCCGGUGGUCCGGCAGACCCUCCAGCACUGGGGGUACCGACUCACUGAGGAGGAUUACAGAGAAGGAGCGAAAAGGGUCAAACCCAAGUAAAAAGGACAGGAGUCACUCUGUCUGCUUUACCUGUAACUGAACUGUCACCCCCUUUAACCUCACGCCCUCAGAGAGGUUCUCCUUUUGAGUCUUGGUUCCUCUCAGUGGUUCCUCCUCAUGCUCUCAGGGAGUUUCUCCUUUUGAGUCUUGGUUCCUCUCAGUGGU